AUGUUGAUUGGCGGCGGCUACUCGAAUUUUGGUUCGCUUGAUUUUGACAAGACCAAUUUAUUCUCAGUGAGCUUAAUUUUGCUCGAAAGACCACCACGUCUGCAUUACAUUGUGGCACUUUUUCGGAGUAAUAUUGCGGGCAGCUGGUAUUGUCAUGAAAAUCGGGAUGUUAGUGUUGAAGUUAACAUUCUUCUACAUCUCAAAAGCUAA